AUGAACGUGUUCAAGAACCUCUUCAAGGAGACCGGCGUCAAAGACGUCAUCACCCUCUUCCACUCCCCUUCCAGCCAAGCCUCCACGCGCAUCUACACCCUGCUCAAGCAAGUCUCGGCGCAAAGCAGCGCCCACGCAACCGAAGACCAAGCGAGCGAUCACAAGACGCAGAGCAAGCUUGAAAGGACCGACUUCGAGCUGGACGUGCAAGAAGGCGCUCCCACACCCGACCAGUUGGGCAAUAUCUUGGAGUACUUGGGCCCUUCGAAGGCUGGGACUUUGAUCAAGGAUGCCACGGGCGGGAGUGAUGCGUUGAGGAGGUUUAAGCAGAAUGAAAAGGUGUUUACAAGGCCGGUGGUGGUGGAUUGGAAUAAUGGACGGGCUGUGGUUGGAGACAACGAAAGCGAGAUCAUGAAGCUCGUGCGUUCUUUGCCGAAGGAGACGGACAAGGCUUGA